AUGGCAUCUUCUUCAUCUAAUACAAAUAUUACAUCUCCUUCAUUUCUCCCCCUACGACGCCGUCCUAAUCAUUGCCCCAUCUUUUCUUCUCCCUCCUAUCUCAGACCCAGAACCAGAAAUUCCAAGUUGGUCCGCCUCUCAGCUUCUCUCGCUCACGUCUCUUGGCUCUCUCCUCACCAGAGUGAUAGUAACGAUUACAAUGGUUGGGCCAUUGUCGAAUCUCCUCCUCCUCAAAACAAUAACAAGAAGAUAGGUUUGUCUACGGUUGUGAUUAGAGUUGCUGUGGGGUCUUCAUUUGGUCUAUUACUUGCUAUCAUUUCUUACUUUUCUCUCUCUAGAGCAGGGUUCAAGUUCCAGUUCGGUAGUCCGUUGAAUGUUUCGAAUGAAAUUUUAAAACUGAAUGAAACAAAAUCUGAUGAAAGCAAAACUGUGGACUCUCGUGAAACGGAUGGAUACACCAUCGCAAGCCCUGGCCCAGAGUCUGUACCUGAUGGCACUGGCAAAACUGUUGCUUCAGGAUCAGUGGACAGGCUUGAGCGUGUUAUCGUGUCGGUUGCCGUAGAUUCUACUCAACAAGAGGCCUUGUCUGUUCUGAAGAAACUGAAGAUUUUACGAGUUCUGAAGUUGUCAAAGUUCUUACUGUUUGCUGAACAAAGGGUUGGAGGUAUACAGAUCAUUGAAGAUAAUGUAAAGGCUGAUGAAUUGUGCACUAGAAGGGAAUAUGCGAGAUGGCUUAUUCGUAUGAACUCAUUAUUGGAGAGGAGCCCGAAGCACAGGAUUGUUCCAUCUGUAUCACUCUCUGGGUCUGUGGUUGCUGCCUUCGAUGAUGUGGAUGUUGAAGACCCAGAUUUUGAGUCUAUCCAAGCACUUGCUGAGGCUGGUGUUGUUCCCAGCAAGCUAUUAGGGAAGAACUAUGGUUCUGACCAUUCUGAAGGCCAGGGAGGCGUCCACUUUUCCCCUGAGAGGUUCAUUUCUCGACAGGAUCUAAUAAACUGGAAAGCCCAAGUACAGUAUGAAUUCAAGCCAGAUGUCUUGGAACAGAUAUCAACAAAAGUGGGUUAUAUGGAUGUGAAGGAGAUCAGUUCAGAUGCAUCUCUGGAACUUUUCUUGGACUUGCUAGCUGGGGACAAGAGCAUAGUGAGAAAAGUUUUUGGUCAGAGCAAGCGGUUUCAACCAAAUAAACCUUCAACAAAAGCUCAAGCAGCAGUGGCAUUGAUGAGUGGGAGGAUGGCAGAAGCUGUAUAUACUGAAUUGUCAAGACUUGAAGCUGAAAGGUUAUCAAGGGAAGCUGAGAUGGAAGAAAUUAGGUCUGAGUUGCUUGAUAGGGGAGACAUACAAAGAUGUUGGGAUGAGAAAUUCAGUGAAGAGAGAACUCGAGGUUUUGAGGUGGAGAAGCUUUAUUUAUCUGCACGUGCUGAUUUGGAGCAGGAGUUGAAUGUUCAAGAGAAGUAUGAUGCUGAGACUUUGAAGGAGAAGGCAGCCAUGGAUUGUCAGAGGCAACUACUUCUGAAUCUGAAGGAAGAGGUUGAUGAGAUGACAGUAAAGCUUGCAUCUGAGAGGGCCACGUAUGUGGAGGAGAAGUGCCAAUUACAGAAUAUGCUUGGUGAAUUACUGACGAAGCAGGAAGGACUUCUUGAGACCAAGUCUAUACUGGAAGCUGAGAAAGAAGCACUUCGGAUUCUUAGAUCUUGGGUAGAAGAUGAAGCAAGGAAAAGUCAAGCCCGUGCUAAGGUUCUCGAGGAAGUAGGCCGAAGGUGGAGAUGGAACAGCCAUGCUUGAAUGUCAAUUGUCCUUAAAAAAUACAUCAUCCAUUAUGACCUUGAAAUACUUGAUGGGGCUAUAGAAAAA